UUUUCAGGAAGGGUGAUAAGAAGGUUCUACAGAGAGGAUGGGCUGCCUACUCCAGAACUGAUGCAGGUAGAAGCUGUGAUUGCCAAAGGCUUGGAGGCAAGUAAACAGGAUCUGAAAGAGAAGCAGAAGUUUCCACCAUGCAAUGCUGAGUGGAGCUCAACCAAGGGCAGCCGGUUCUGGUGUUCCCAAAAGAGUGGAGGAGUAAGCAGAGACUGGAUCGGCGUCCCCAGAAAGCUGUAUAAACCUGGUGCCAAGGAGCCCCACUGCGUGUGUGUGAGAACAGCUGGUUCCCCUAGUGACCAGAUGCUGGACAACCCUACACACAGAAAUCGUGGGGACUUGGACCGCCCCAACUUGGAGUUUGUAGGCUGCCCACGCCUAGCCACCACAUGCUCCUUCCCACUCUCAGCUGGUGCCCUUUAUGCUGAUGACCUACAGAGAACCCUGCCUAGAACCUGAUGCCUCUGAACAAAGCAGUGACUUAAAACUCCAAAGAAACAAUGCUGCUACGUAAGCACGCGUCAUGGUCCUAUUUGAUGCCGUCAUCCCACAGUGAGCACCAGCUGCACAGCCUGGAAGCCAAGGUGAUCAACCCAAAUGUGUGCCUGCAGUUUCUGCCCAGCUACUGCCCUCCCCCUUGGUUCACAGGCAUCUCCACAUACACCUAUCUCCACAUACCUGCCAAGGACAGGUCUUUAACUCGACUCCCUAGCUACAGAAAGCCAGUGUUGUCAGUUGUAACCCACUGAUACAUUAUUUAUGCCACACAAAAAAAGGAACUGUACAGGCAAUGAUCUUCCAAAGAAAGUCUUUAAGGCAUCUAUGAUAACUUCUGGGAAUUCAGUAAGUGUUUAGUUUGUAUAUUGUCAAACAAUCAGCUGCUCACUAAAUUACUUCCACAGAAUGAGAAUGUGGUUUCAAACCCCUACAGAAAGCUCCUCUGCUUUCUCCUCUCCCCAGGUGGGUGUGGGGAGCUUUGACGCUUCACAUUAGGGGUGGCUGUGCUUGCCAGUCCCAUGCCUCGUUCUUCUGUGGCUUGUCCAGAGGGAAGCAAU